UGCCACAUUUGCACUGCAGAUGCGAUGCGGCACAGCGCGGGGCACGAGUGGGAGGAGCGGCUGAAUGAGGAGCUGGCGGCGGCGGGGGUGGCCUUCUGGACUGAGAACCAGCUGCGGUCAAGAGGCUACCACAAGACGCCCGACGCGCGCCUGCAGGCAUCAUGUGUGCCCAUUGCGGUGCAGGGCCGCAUCGUCAACUGGAUAGACAGCAAGGCCACGUUUGGGGACGACAAGCUGCACAGGCAGCAGACGGUGGAGCAGUACGAGCGGUACGUCAAUCGCUUCGGCCCUGGCCUGGUCAUCUACUGGCACGGAUACAUCGCAGACCUGAACAAGGUGUAG